GCUCAGAUCAGUCUUAGAGUUGGUGUCCCCUUACACCUUUUUAUCAUGAGGCACAUGGAGAGCUGUACCCAGGCCACACCCUGUGUUGGCAGCAGAGUAAAGCAAUGCAUUGUUAGGCGUCAUCCAAGCACUCGGGCUGUUGGAGCAUGCAAAAAGCGAAUCCCUGAGAGAGAGGAAAAAGCAGCAAAACCAAAGGUGGCAAGCCCAGCACAUCUCGACCUAUUGCCAAAUAAAAGCAUGGUAUAUUUUCAUCUCUUAGAAACUGAAGUGAUUCAGGAUUUCCUUUCAAAAGAUGUCUGCUUAAGGAUUUCAGAUAAGUAUCUUUUAGUCAUGGGUCUAGCCUAUUUUAAGAGGGCAGGAUUGGACAUAAGUGAAUAUACAACUACAAACUUCUUCCUUAGUUUAUAUCUGGCAAAUAACGUGGAAGAAGAGAGUGAUCAUAAAUUUGAGAUCUUCCCCUGGGCCCUAGGAAAAUUUUGCUGUGAACUUUAUCACCAUUUUUUAAGAGUUCAUUUUAACUUUUGGGCCUGCAUGAAUUACAGAUCUUUUGUAACACGGAGGUGCUGUGAUGAGAUCAUGUCCAGAGACCCUUUGCAUUGGGCCUGGAGCAGAGAUUGA